UCCACAAUGAACGUGAGCAGCGAUGCUUGCCAUUUGAAAUUGCAAAAGGUGUUGGCCGAGGGAUGUUAUGGCAGUUCCGUGGGACUCUUUCGAUACUGGAACGAGCUGGUGGUCGUGAAAAGCAUUCCUUACGAUAGCCCGGAGUACGCUUACCAGGCCGUGCUGAAGGAGCACACCGUUCUGUCUCAAAUCUACCAUCCACGAAUUGUUCAGUACAUAGGUUACUAUCAAACAGCAACCAGCUGGAAUAUAGUGCUCGAGUACGCGGAACGUGGCAACUUGGCGAGCUUUCUGGAGCGACGAUCUAGUGACGGAGUGUUUCUCAAUCAGCACACGGUCCUGGCAAAGUUUGCCGACAUAGCCGACGGACUCGUUUACCUGCACCAAAGAAACGUGAUACACCGCGAUUUGAAGCCCGCCAACGUGUUGAUCAGCGCCGACAAUCGGUUAAAGUUGGCCGAUUUUGGAAUUGCAAAAAUUAUGCACGACGGUGACCCGAACCGUACGAUCGUCGGCACCCCGCUCUACAUGGCGCCGGAAGUAGCGAAGGGAAGAGACUACGAUUACAAGAGCGAUGUGUGGGCUUUGGGCAUAAUUUUCUACGAGCUGUGCGCCCUGGAACACCCUUUCGUGGACAGGUUCGUAGGGGGAAGUAGCAGUAAGCGGAAGUUUCGAGUGCCUCAAAUCGAUUGCAAACGUCACGGAUACUCGCCGGCCUUUCAAACGCUCUGUGAUAUGAUGGUUCAGGUUAGUGUGCGCAAGCGGUGGACGUUGGAAGCAAUCCUGAAAGAAUCGGCCAUUGUGCAACUUCUUGAUCGCGCUGACUAG